AAAUAAUCAAGAGGUUAUAUAAACUAAACAAUGAAAUUUAAGUAUAGACAAAUGUUUUUCUUAAUUUACUAUGCAAGAUGUUUGAAUCAAAAAAAAAAAGGGCACGUGUAACAAAGAAGGGAAUAUAAAAAUGAUAGUAAGAAAAUCAAUAAUGCGGGCUGUGUCAUUAUUCCCUUCUUUAUCACAUAUAUAUGAAUUAUUUGCGCUCCCUAGUUUCAGAAAACAGAAAACGAUACAUUGACAAUGACUUUAAUCUCGACUUGACUUACAUUACUGACAAUAUUAUUGCAAUGUCAUAUCCUGCAAAAGGUUUAGAGGGUAUCUAUAGAAACCCGUACGACCAAGUUAAAAAGUUUUUUGAUAUCAGGCACCAUGGCCACUACAAGGUUUAUAAUUUACGAAGUGAAAAGAAAUAUGAUUCGGCAAGAUUUGAAAAGGUUUCCAACUAUCCUUUUCUAGAUCAUCAAGCGCCUCCUUUUACUACAUUGGUCAAUGUGUGUGAGGAUGCAGCCUCAUUUUUAGAUAGAAAUGACAAAAAUGUGGUGGCCAUUCAUUGCAAAGCCGGUAAAGGUAGAACCGGGACGGUGAUUGCAGCUCUUUUACUACGAUUGAAUAUAGCAAAUGAUGCAGAAACAGCCUUAAAGAUAUAUGAUGAUCAAAGAACAACGGAUUCAAAUGGUGUUACUGUUCCCAGUCAAAGGCGAUAUGUAGAUUAUUAUAAUUUUAUGCUGAGAAAUAGGAGUCUUUACGAAGAGAAUAAGGACUCGAGAUCUUGAACUGUGCUGAUACAUGCAUUUAUAGCGAAGAUUCCGUAGACUUUUGCAGAUGGAAAUGAAUCGUACUUCCU